CACAGCAAUGGCCGAUAACUCAUGGCUGACUGGAGCUCCGCUGGGGAUAGCAAUAGCCGUAAUAUCAAGCUUUAUUAAUGGCUCGACAUUUGUCCUGCAGAAAAAGGGAAUACUGCGGUCUCGUGACAAAGGGUGUUCGUACCUUACAGAUGUGGUGUGGUGCAGUGGAACGCUGUGCAUGAUCGUUGGUCAAGUUGGGAAUUUCCUGGCGUAUAACCUGGCCCCUGCUGUGAUUGUCACACCAUUAGGGGCCCUUGGAGUACUGUUUGGAGCAGUCCUGGCUUCUUGGAUCCUGGAGGAGCGUUUAAACGUCCUGGGGAAACUCGGCUGCAUCAUCUGUUGCUGCGGCUCCGUCGUGCUCAUCAUUCAUGCCCCUAAAGCGGUGGCAACGUCAAGGCAGGAGCUUGAAGAUGGACUGUCAGAUCCAGUGUUUGUAACCUACAUCCUGCUCGUGGUCCUGGCCCUGGUCACCCUGAUCGUGUGGGUCGCUCCAGCUCACGGGACGUCCAACAUCAUGGUGUACGUCGCCAUAUGUUCGCUUCUGGGAAGCUUCACCGUCCCGAGCAGCAAAGGACUCGGCCUGGUGGCUCUUGAUGUGUUCGGCGAAGGACAGCCAAAUGUCGGUGCCGUGGCUCUCUUCCUUGGCCUGCUGGGGGCGCUGGCGGUCAGCAUACUGAUCCAGUUCUUCUUCAUCAACAAGGCCUUGGAGUGCUUCAGCUCCAACAUAUUUGAAGCGAUAUACUACGUGACGUUCACGUCCACCGUGAUUUUCGCUUCUGCCCUUCUGUUCAAGGAGUGGACGGGACUCACGUUCACCGACGGCCUCGCCAUGCUCUGCGGCCUGACAAUGGUGUGUGUGGGAGUGAUACUCCUUCGAAUUUCCCAGGAAGCUGUGAUUACCUGGAAGGAGAAAAAGGAACCGAAAAAGACGGACUGAUUGUGUUACGGUGUUUUU